ACUAUCAGAUUAUUGUGCGUAUGAAUAACGUGAACGAGUUAGCAACCAUCAGAUUAUUAUACGUAUGAAUGACGUGAACGAGUUAGUAACCAUCUUACUGUUUCCAAAGAAACAUUUCAAAGAAAAUCUAUUAGUAGUGAGAAAGUGGAAGCAUUGUCACUUCCACGUCCUUCCAGUUAUUCACAUUCUAUUAUCGCCAUAUGAGCUGAACGUUCAAACAAUAAAAGUAAACAAAAGAACUAUUCAAGAACGGCGGGCUAUGUUCUGCCCGCCGACAUGAAACUGUUACAGCAAGAUAUCGAAAGUCGUCUUAUCAGCUGUGAUAAACUAUGGAACAGACAAGAAUGUCGUCUAUGGACAGCCAGUUUGUUUCUUGGUACAUGUAUGUUAUAUGCGGCACGUGUCGCUUUACCAGUAUGUGCUACAGUGAUUGCUCAUGAAUAUUCGUGGAACAAAAAUGAUGCGGGUACUGUGUUGUCGUCGUUCUUCUGGGGAUAUGCUUGUACCCAAAUAAUUGCUGGCCAUGUAGCUGAUCGUGUGGGCGCUGAGAAGGUAUUGAAAAUCUGUACAUUUACAUGGGCGUUGCUUACUUUCUUUACCCCUCUGCUAUUUGACCUCUCAUAUUCUACAAAUCAUCCAGUGCUUUUUAUAAUACUCAUUCGAUCUGCGACAGGUAUUGGACAAGCUUUCCACCUCCCAUCGAUGGCUUCGAUGACUUCUCGACAUCUGACGUCAUCCGAUAAGGGGCGCAUAUUAGGCAUAUGUUUGGCAGGAUCGCAUCUUGGGACAGCUCUAGCGGGUGCAGUCGGUUCAAUAUUGCUCGAAACUUUCGGUUGGCGUGCUCUGUUUCAAUUUGUGGGGUUGAUGUCAUUUCUAUGGUGGGCACUGCUUCGCUUCAUGUCGUCAUCGCGUAAUCAAUCCGGUGACUUUGAUAAUGCCAAAAAUGAUGAACUGAAAGUGGCCUUAGCAAGUGGCCUGCGGAAAUCACUUUGUAGCUCCUCCGAAAAUAUAGUUCCUUGGAGUGUACUCCUUAAACAUCGGUCGUUUUGGGCAGCAGCAGUUGCGCAAUACUGCGGUGCAAAUGCUUAUUAUACAUUGUUCAGUUGGCUUCCGUAUUAUUUCGCAGAUACAUAUCCUGAUGCCAAAGGAGUUGUAUAUAAUGUAGUACCCUCACUUGCAAUUGUUACAACUGCCUUUUUUGCCCCGUUUAUCGCAACAACAUUGUUUCUUCAUGUACAUUCGCUUACUCUCGCCAGGAAGUUGAUGGAGGGCAUUUCAUUGAGUGCAAUUGCAGUAUGCUUAUUGAUUUCAACGCAAUCUAUGAGUUUCGGUGCAGCUUUAUUCACGUUUACAUUAGCUAUGGCAGCACGUGGCUUUCAUCAUGGUGGUGUUUCAGUGAAUCCAUGUGAUCUUGCUCCCAACCAUACCGGCUCUGUUUUUGGUGUUUUUAAUGCGUUUUCCGCAAUAACCGGUUUUGUCGGAGUGUAUCUUGCUGGAUAUAUAUUACACGAAACGGGCAAUGUUUGGGCCUACGUAUUUAUUUUUACAUCUUUGCAGUGCCUUAUCGGAGCAAUUGUUUUUUCUUUAUUUGGUACAGCAAAUAGAAUUAUUUGACUUCUUUUUCCAUUUUCAUCUUUUGAAAAUUUAAAAAAUUUUGUUCAUCACUUCGGUAUUUAUUUUUGGUUGAUUGAUUUCUUGUCUGAUUCUAUGUUAUUUCCAGGAUGUAGUCUCAUGAAAACUUGGGUAAGAUACACAUUGUUAAUAAUUCCAAUGUGCCAGACUUUUAGGUAGUGUGCCUAAAAUACAACUGUUUCUUUAUUUCUACCGUGCAUCUUUUAAAACUGCAUCAUUUAAGUUUAAUUGUAUUAUCUGGAGGAGGGAAGGAAGGG